GAGUUGCAGCAGUGCAUCACUGCCCGCCUCCCGGAGGUGGACACCAGCAACCUACUCAGUGCACACAAUCAUGUGAACCGCAUCCUGCAGGAGGAGACCUGCCGUCUCUUCCCGACCAUCAAAGCCACAGACCAGCGUGUCAGUGCUCAGCCAGGCUAUCGCACUCUUGCCAGACACGUCUGGGGCAUUUAUCAUCGUCUGAAACACCCAGGUGUGUGUGCCUUUCGCAACAUCUUCACCAAGUGGCGACUUGCUGCAGAAUUCGCUCAGGCCUCGAGACAACUCCGACAACAGAGUCGUGUCUACAAACGAGAGUUCUACGAAAUGCAGGUUGACCUCGCCGAGGAAGCCGCUGCACGUGGAGACCAGCGAAGCCUGCAUCUCAUAGUCCGUAGGCUGUCUUCCCAGCCUCGCCAAAUUGCCAGCCGGCUCCGAGGCCCGGACGGAUCCCUGCUGACCCGGGAAGCUGAACUACAGACCAUCGUGCAGCACAGCAACGGCACCUUCGCCGUGCACCCAGAUGACACACCACUUGUGCCGCUCGAAGCAGACUACAUCAUCACUGACAGUACUUACACAGCUGAGCUUCGCAAACUAGGCAUCGCCAAAGCUGUCCCCAAGCACGUGGCCCCGUCAGCCACCUGGAAGCUCUGUGCACAAGCUGUCGGCAGCACACUCAGCUCGGCCUUGCGAAGCCACCUUCAACAGGGCACUGCUGCCCAACUGGAUGAGGACUGGAAGAACUCGUAUGUCGUCUGGAUUCCGAAGCCCAACAAGCCACCCGACAAGGUAGCAUCCUUACGACCAAUAGGGUUGACCAGUCCGGCCAGCAAGGCAUUAGCAGGCAGCUUGCGUGAUCAACUUCUUCAGCAUCUGCAACCACAGCUCAAGGAUCUACCCCAGUUCGCCUAUGCCAAGCAACGCGGCACAGCCGAUGCCAUCGCCAAGGCACACAGUCAUUUCCACCAAGUGGACAACCUGCUACAACAGACUAAGGCCAACCGCUUCCAGCAGCAAGCCGGGAGACGUGGUCGUCUCUGUGCAGGGGGCCUAUGCAUCUCCUUGGACCUUUCUCGUGCUUUUGAUGGGGUGACCCGUUCACACAUCUACCACACCAUGAAACAACAGCAGGUCCCCCAGGAUGUCAUCACCCUGGUGCAGCAAUUGCACAAGGAGGCCAGCCGACUCAAGCGUGACCACACCUUCAUGAAGGCAGGGCAGCUGCAUCUCAAACUUCGUGUGAACGAUCGCGACUGUAGCGUGCCAAUCAAAGACCAGCAUGAGUACUUAGGCUUGCGGAAGCUGUUGAACGGAUCCCCUCACUUAGGCCAGACUCCCACUUCCCGGCUGGCCCUCGACUUCCUGGACAAGCAGGCCACCAACCUGGAAGCCAUACUCCUGAAGGCCGCCAGGCGGGAAUGCCAGCCUGCCGCCUCUGCAAUCGUCAAUUCUUCAGAUUCCCUGCCGGCCGCGAUCAAGCAGCCGCCGACGGCACAGCUUCCAAUUUUUGCAGAUGCCGACAGCAAAAAUCUGCCACUCGUGAUGUACGUGGACAGGGGCGACCCACAUGCCAUCAACGAGGAGGUGGAGAUCUUCGCAGGCAACUGGGACUCCCCACCAGAGGAGUACUACCUGUCAGAGACAGCCAAUCGCUCACACAAGCGCCACCGGCCGGAACAACAGCCUCGAUGGAACAUGCCACAGAGGCGGAUGGACAGCCUCCCCAGCUACUCCUCCCCACAACCAUUCCGAGACCAACGACCACAAGCCCUACACGGCCCGCAGGACCAGCUCAACCUUCUAAGCAAGGUGGUCCUGAAGCAGGAGGAGAUUAUCAGCCGGCUUCGCCACGAGAAAAUCUUUGUCCUCUUCAGGCGGAACGAGGCCAACGGGACCCUGGGCACCUUGAUGAAGAUAGCCAAGGACUGGCGAACCAAGAAGGACUCAGACGAAGAGGCCCUACAGUCCCCUCUCAGAACGGUCUUACUGGCCAGCAUGCUGCGCGAGGUGAUGAACUUAGCCCAGCAAGCGGUCGCCACGGAAGAGGCCAAGGCCAAACACAUUCAGUCCGAAUGGCUCUCGAGCACCGGAGCCUGGAACUAUCGCGUAUAG